GACCCGGAAGUAAACAGGAAGUUGUUUUCAGACGAGGAUUUGGUUCUGUUCCCCUGGAAAUGGCAGCUAACACCGUGCUGGCGGCCCUGCUGUACUCCGGGGCAGCUUUACUGCUACUGGUAUCGGCGGAUGAUCCGGUGGAAAAGAAUAAUGAGGACGUGCGAUGUAAAUGCAUUUGCCCACCAUAUAAGGAUAAACCCGGGCAUAUAUAUAACAAAAAUAUAACCCAAAAAGACUGUAACUGUUACAAUGUUGUAACGUCCCAUCCUGUACCAGAACCAGACUUUGAGGCGUAUUGCCUGCGAUGUGAGUGUAAAUAUGAAGAGCGAAGCUCUGUUACUAUCAAGGUUACAAUUAUCAUCUACCUGUCUAUCCUGGGUCUCCUGCUGUUGUACAUGGUUUACCUGACACUCGUCGAGCCCAUGCUGAAGAGGCGUCUGUUUGGCCAUUCGCAGCUUAUCCAGAAUGAUGACGAUGUUGGGGACCAACAACCGUUUGCAAAUGCUCAUGAUGUGCUGGCACACUCCAGAAGUCGCGCCAAUGUCUUAAACAAAGUGGAAUACGCUCAGCAGCGCUGGAAGCUGCAAGUGCAGGAACAGCGCAAGUCUGUGUUCGACCGCCAUGUUGUGCUGAGCUAAUCAAAGAAAUUAUACAUUUUCUUUCAGAAGACAUGGACUUCAAGAGCUCCUCCAUUCCUGUUUUCUCAAUGCCUCUUGCAUGAAUCAAUCUAAAGUUUCGUAUGGGGCUGUAGAUUUGUGCACAGGGGUCUGGUGGAGCGACAGAUGUGAAAUACAAACAGACUAAAAAUUCUCCUUUAAUGAUAUUUCUUAUGAUGAUAACGAGCCUUGCAUAUAUGUAUAAAUAUAUGAGAUACGUUGCUAAUAAAAUAGUUAACACUGUUAUUGUUCUCUGCUGGCUGUGAUUCUCUGUUUUUAACAUAAUGCAUUUUGAGUGUUAAGUCUUUCUUCUCUGUGAUGUCACUUCCUGUAAACUGUCUGUAUUUCCAUAAACUGCUGUUUGAAUAGCUGCUUGUUGUCUGCAUGGGACGGAGACUACAUUUUAACUUUGCUGCCUGGGAUUACCCAGAAUCCAUGGCAGAUAUUUGUUUUUAUUUUUAAGGUUUGACAUUCCCUGUUUCCAAGUAAAUAUCAGCAUGUUCAGUGCAUGCUAACAAAUUAUUCUGUAACAUGGAGAAAUAUACCCAAUUUAUACACACAGUUUAUAGAAAUAGAAAACUGGUUUUGAAACGUGUACACUCCAAUGAUGGCGGCUUGAGCUAAAGAUACUUGUGUGUAUCACGGAAGGUGCUCACAGUGUCAGAGCUAUUUACAAAGUGAGAAUUCCAAAUUAUUAGAAAUUCCAAAUUAGGGUCACAAAAGCCAAACUGCGAAUAUUCUCUUUCAGUGCAGCUACUGUGGCUUUAAAUUUGAAAUCCACUUUUAAUUCUCACUUUAGUGAAAAACCCUUUAUGGUUUUGUCUUUUUUAGAUUUUUAUCAUUAGAAUACUUUAUUUAAUUUUAUUUCUGAGCAAAAUUCAGCUUCUGCCGAAAGUGGGCAAAACACCCGCUAUGCAUUUUUAAUGUUCCUUACUUAUAUCCGGUUUUCAGACAACGAGCAGUACCAUAAACAUGAAAUAAAUAAAUAGGAAAUGGCCAAGACAGAUCAUUUAAGUACCUAUUCUGUACACAUAGAUAAAUAUAAAAUAUGAUUAAAGCCGUAUAAAGAUAAUGUACAGUAAACGUCACUAGUAAAUAGGAAGCCAUAAAACGGGCUCUAAAAUGUAACAUGCAGGGCUCCCUUACUUACUGAAACUUAAGAAUAUAGCAAAGGGGGCCAGAUGUCUCCCCAUGGGGCAAACAAGGUUGACCUGGAGUGCAUCUAGACAGUAUAAUGCUUAAUGCAGAGUAUAUUUAAAAAGUAUAUCCUUUAAUGGCCAGUGUGCGUUUAUUUUACCUGGGACAUCCAUGUGUGCCAGAAUCUAAUUCUCAAUAAUCCACAGUGCAAGUAUCAGAAAUAUGGUGGAUGGUGUAAAAUAACUAGAGAUUUAGACUCUGGAAUAUCCAGAAUAUUUGCUUGUUCUAUUCCAUAAGGACUAAUGUUCGGCCAAGUAAGCAGAUUUUGCUCAGAAGUGCUAGCACUUUAAAAGAGACCGUCUCUAUUUUAAAUUUGAGCGUUCCAGGUAUAUUACCAGAACUGAUUUCACUCCGCUGUCAUGGUGUAAAAAUGAUUACAUUCUCAUGUAUUGUCCAUAAAGUACUGGAAAUCUAUUGUACAUCCAUCUGAUUUAGCGAGCAGGAAAGAUGGAGACCUAGCACAUGUUUCCCACCCAUAACUGCUUACUGCUGGUACAAUCCCAUCGUGAGACUGUUACACGAAAACAACUGUUCACAUCAAUAAGAACAUUAAAUAUUGCGUGACGCGAUGUAAAUAACAGAAAAAAGUCAUCUUAUACUUUUAAAUUAUUUUAUUGAUUUGUUGCCGCUGAUCUGCUUAGUGAUGCAAUUACUGUAUAAUCUGAAUUUCAUUCUCUUCCCCACGAUUCACUAUGAUGUCAUUCUAUUCAUUGUAACUGGAUUUACAUUGCGAUUGGUGAUAUUGAUUUUUGUAUCUUUGACACACAAAAUAAAUACUGAUUUACCUCCA